AUGAUCAAAACGGAAUUGAUUGAUUCAAAGAAAUAUCCUCCGCAAAAUGUUAUAAAAGAUAUUUUAGAUAUCAUUCUGUAUAAUAAUCGCUAUAUAAAGUCAUAUUUAUCACUUGCGAAACUCAUAUCUGAUGAUUAUCAUAUAAAAAACGUCGAAAGUCUGCCACCCUUAUGCGAUUUCCUGUUUUAUAAAGAAUAUGGUAUUAAAUUAGGUAGAUCUAAAAAUUUUGGAGUAUAUGAAUCAGAAAAUCUUGAAAUUUAUAAAGAAAAUACAGUUUACAGGGCAAUUAUGAAUAAUGACAAAGAAAGAUUUAUCAUAUUCACUGAAAGAUGUGGAUUUGAUAAAGAUCAAAGACUUAAAAGCUAUUUAUAUCCAUAUCCUUGCUAUCGAUAUUCAUUAAUUGAAUUAUGUUGUUACUAUGGAGCAGUUGAUUGUUUCAAGUUUUUAAGAACGAAAUUUAAUUCAGCAAUAAAUAAGGAAUGUCUAAAAUUUUCAUUUUUAGGAGGAAAUCCAGACAUCAUGAGUGAAUGUUUGAAAUAUCAAGAACCAGAUAAAGGAUGUAUGGAAUUUGCAAUUAUUUCACACAACAUUGAUUUUGUUACAUUCUUGAUGAAUGAAUACAAUAUAGAGAUCGAUUUAUAUGAUUGCACAAAUUAUAAAAAUCUUGAUUCAUUUUUGGUUUAUUUUGAUCAAACUGACGAUGUUAACAAUUGUUUUGUUUAUUCAACGAUAUUUAAAAUUGAAUCUCUUUGCGAAUACUUCCUUUCACAUGGUGCAGAUGUCAAUGGAAAAGAUAUAUAUGGUCAAGCCACUCUUCAAUAUGCUGUUUCAGAAAAUAGUAAAGAAAUAGUCCAAUUGUUUAUUUCACAUGGUGCAAAUAUUAAUGAAAAAAAUGAAAGUGGAGAAACCACUCUUCAGAUUGCCGCUUCUAAUAAUAAUAAAGAAAUCGCUGAACUUCUUAUUUCACAUGGUGUAAAUGUCAAUGAAAAAAAUGUAGAUGGAGAAACUGCUCUUCAUACUGCAGUAAAUUUUAAUUGUAAAGAAAUAGUUGAACUUCUUCUUUCAUGUGGUGCAAAUGUCAAUGAAAAAGAUAAAUAUGGAAAUACUGCUCUUCAUAAAAUAACACAGAAUGCAUGCAAUGAAACAGUCCAACUUCUUCUUUCAUAUGGUGCAAAUGUCAAUGAAAAAGAUAAACAUGGAGAAACCACUCUUCAUAAAAUAGCAUGGGAUAAAUAUAAAGAAUUCGCUGACCUUCUUCUUUCAUGUGGUGCAAAUGUCAAUGAAAAAGAUAAUAGAGAACAAACUGCUCUUCAUAAAGCAGCAAAAAAUAAUAGUAAAGAAAUAGCUGAACUUCUUAUUUCACACGGUAUAAAUAUUGAUGAUAAAGAUGAAGAUUGUAAAACUGCUCUUCAUAUUGCAACACAAAAUAAUUGUAAAGAAACAACUGAACUUCUUAUUUCACAUGGUGCCAAAAUUUAA